CGAUAUUUUGCAUCCUGCGAUGUGAUGAUCAAUGUCAUUUUUUGUUUUGUUGCAAUCCAUGGAUUAAAAAAGUGAAACUUUGUUUUGGUUUUGCUUCGCAGUGAUGUUUUUUUCGCUGAAGUUAAAAAUUGAUUGAGAUUUACAUAGAUUGAAAAUUUCAUAAAAGUAGAGUGAAUUUUUGUCCAAAAUGGUGAUUUAUGGAGUAUACAUCGUGAGCAAAUCGGGAGGAUUGAUAUUUAACCUGGAUCACAAUGUGCCCAAGAUAGAAACUGAGCGAACGUUCAGCUACCCUCUAGAAAUCAAUUUGGAGUAUGAGCAGAAAAAAGUUUCUGUCGGUUUUGGUCAAAAGGAUGGAAUAAAUGUUGGUCACGUGCUGGUUUGUGUUAACGGCAUCCUAGCCAACGGUUCCGUCCUGGAAGAUGGUCGUGAAAUCAAAGAAAUAAUCGAAAAUAAAGAAAACUAUCCGUUGACGCUUAAGUUUAGUCGCCCCAAGAUGACCACCAACGAAAAAAUCUUCCUGGCCAGUAUGUUCUAUCCGCUGUUUGCCAUCGCCAGUCAGCUGAGUCCGGAACCGAAAAGCAGUGGCAUCGAGGUGCUAGAGGCAGACACAUUCCGAUUGCACUGCUUCCAGACGUUGACCGGUGUGAAGUUUAUGGUCGUGGCCGAAAGUCUUCAGCUGGGAAUGGAUGUGCUAUUGAAACGAAUCUAUGAACUAUACUCGGAUUAUGUGCUGAAAAAUCCGUUCUACUCGCUGGAAAUGCCCAUCAGAUGUGAGUUGUUCGAUAUAAACUUGCAGAGUCUGUUAGAACAGGUCGAGAAAAAUGGUAUUACUAGCAUUUGAAGUUAUUAAACCGUAGUGUUUUAAGAUACUA